GCACCGCCAGACCUCCGCUGUUGCUGCGUGCGUGUCCACGCUUUAUGAAGGCGCGCCCCCGCGCUCCCUCAGGUGAAUGGAGAGAGGGACAGGACGAGUCCUGUGUGCGUCUCUGGCCGAGCUGAAGUGACAAAAAUGGGGCUUCGCGGACUGACCAGGACGGGGGUGUACAUGACAGUCUGCCUUCUGUGGAUGACUGGAUGCUUUACCCAAAAAGUUUACUUUGAUUGUGGUGCCAAGGUGGAUGUUGUGGAUGUGCAGGGCCUCAUUCUGUCACCUGGCUUCCCAUAUAACUAUUCAUCUGGAACUCACUGUGUUUGGCAGUUCUUUGUACCUGCUGGUCAUCAGCUAAUCAUGGAGAUGUUUGAUUUUGAUGUUUUUGAGAGUCACAACAGUCCUGCAAGGUAUACCACCACAUCUGCUGCCACUGUGGAUGAGGAACCACAUGAUGGUGACUCGCUGACAUCAAAAAGCCUCGGGAGUCUAAAGGAACCCCAGUCCACACACAGAGAGGAUGUCAAGCAAGUGGUGAUCCAAGAGCAGUCCACCAAAAUGGAAAUGACCAAAGUUUCCAAUUCUGCUAAAAUGCUUUCUGAUUCCCCCGCAGCUCCACGAGCAUCUCCUCCAGUUGAAAACCGAAAUUCUAUUUCAUCUCAGGCAUCAAGAGCAGCCAGUGACUUUAUCUCUACAAGCCCACAAACAGCCACAGAAACAGAUGACGCUUUGAGCACUGAGACCCAGCCACCUUUGAUUGAUGCCUGUCCCCAUGACGUCCUCUACAUAUCUGAUCUCAUCACCUUCUCCUCCCGAUUCUGUGGCUCUAGACGUCCUUCCAGCAGCCAGCUGGUGUUUGGGUCUGAUGAUGAAAUGGUGGAAGUCAUUAUGGAGUUGAUUACCACUACUCACUGGGGCCGUGGUUUUGCUCUCCUCUUCCAUUAUCAGAAUCAAACCCAAGUAGCCACAAGCGAACAGCAGAGAUCACUAUUGCCCUCGGACAGCAGAACUGAGGCACUGCUCGGUGCUGUCAGUGGAACAGUUGUAUUUGCUGUGGCCCUUGCUGGCAUCCUCUGUGUUAUUUUCAGGCCAAAACUAUGCGCGAAAGGUGCCAAUGCUUCCUCUUCCAUCAGCUCAGAGGUUCCAGAAGGAGUGCUAAAUUCAGCAGCAGAUGUGAGUGAACUUCAGAUGGUUUCUCCUAAUCACUUGGAGCAGCAGUCGUGUACAGUGAACGACAACAACAACCAUUCCCUCAACCGCAGUCUGUCCCAUACAGGGUCCUCGGUGAAUGGAGUAUGUGACGUGUCAGAGAAGGCCGCUCUAGAGCAGUUCUCCAGUGGUUUGACUGAAUUAGAAUUAGGCACGGAUGAGGUUUUUGUCAUCGCCUCUUCACCCAACUCAGCCCAACUGCCUUUCUCCCCACAUACUCAACGAGACCGUUUCCUGAGACACAGUGACACAGGAACCAGCCGCCCCUUUGACUGGCCGACUCCAGACCAAGCUCUGGCUUCUGUGACGAAGAGCAGCCAUGCCGGAUCGACAAACAUCUCACGACCACGAGCAUGGAGCGUCCGGACCUUCCAGGAUCUCCUUCCACCUCUUCCUCAACUCCAUAAGAAAUGGUGCAGCUGGAACUCAACCAGCCCAUUCACAAAGCUGGUGGACAGCGGUCUCCCAAGCACAGCUACAGACACUGGAAGGCGAAAGAUCCUAUCUGAUGCUCCUCUUCAUAGUCCUCCCAACAGCUGCCAGUCCGAUUCCUUCAUGAGUAACGCCUCGUACCCUCUGACUCAAGCCGCCCAGUGCCAGCGCCGCCUCAGCUCCACAAGCAACCUCAGACGCGCACGUUUUAACACUCCAUGCUUUGGCCUGCUCUCUGGCACGUCUGAUUCCUCCAAACCACAAGUGAAUGGAGUUACAACCUCAAACACGCUCUUCGACACCAGCGGUGCCCCACCCAGCCAGCUGCAGGUCAAAGGUCAAAUAUCAAACAUUCAAGAUGACCACAUCACUGUACCAGUGUUUGCAAUCUCCGAAGAGGAAGACCGACAGCCUCUUGUGUCAGCAGAACAUCCCGAGAAGCCUUUGAGAAUGAAUGGACAGAUGUUUGAAGGCACAAAGAUGCCACUGCUAUCCAAAAGCCAAGUUCCCAGCAUCCAACCAGUCUCUUUAGCGAGAGGAGGCCGUGGUGGUGCAUUGAAGAUGCAGGAUCCUUCAGCUCUCUCUUCUUAACAGUGACCCAGAAAUAAAGUCUGCCAGUGCCAUGAAGUUUGAGAAUGAUGGUCACGUGACCAAUUCAGCCAAUAAAUCAUCUCAACAGGACUGAAAACUCACUGCUUAUGAGCUGUUCCUGAUGUCUUCAUAUGGUGUGAAGCACAUAUAUAUAUAUAUAUAUGGUGUGUGACAAUAUGCCGUGAAGUUUUAAAAAGGGUUUGUUAUGAAUAUUGGCAUGAAUGAAAAAUGUUAGCACUUAUUGUUCUUCCUGUUAUUGUAUCUGCACAGUUAAUUCACUAACACUAUCUAUCAGUAUAUUUUAUAACCUGCAAAUGUAUGCAUAUGAUUCACUUUUAACCAAGAUCACUUAAUGUUUCUACUCCGUUGUAGACUGCCUGCAUUGUUACUUUCAUUAUGAAAAUCCAUGUAUUUGCUCUAUGAACAAUACAGCUUGUUCUAAUCCCUUUGCAACACGUAGAAGACCAAUUAGCUGGUCUGGUAGAAAGCUGCUUGGCAUCUCUCUUGACUUCAACACUUUUUGUUUCUUGUAAUCACUAAGGGUCCAAUACACAUUAUACUGUUAAAAAGCCCCAGCAACUUAGUAAGGCAUAUAUGAAUGGAGAUUGCAUAUAUUCUUAUUUCUCAAGGGACAUGACCACUGAAAAUUGCGUUUUAACAUUCUUCUAAUUUCAGUUAAGUUACUGUUUUUCACCUGUAUCACUUACUAUGUGCCUUGUGGCAAUCAUCUAUGCUGCUAAACAUGCACUGAUGCAAUACCUGAAAUUGUGUAUACAAUCAUAUUUUUAUAACGUAUUCAAGUUCAUAUAUGCUGCAACUGUUUUCAUUUAUAAUGGUGUGUUUUCCUGAAUGCAGUAAUAAUGUCAACUGUGCUGACUUGGAAGGAUUAUAAAGGGAAUGGAUCACUGUUCAGACAUUUAUAAUGCAGUAACUAACAUUUAACACAAAUAAAAGGUUGUAUAAUUA